UAGAUCUCCACCUUCAUGUAAGAAACACUUCUAUUGGACGAUAAAAUCAACUAGUACUGAAUUCCACUUCACUGUAAUGGAUCCGAAGAUGACCGAGAACUUUACUCUGAACGAUAACGAAACAUUAUCGGGAACCAAUGAUACAUUGGCUUCCGAGAUUCCAACAGAAAACGUUUACAUCCUUCCAUGGUGGCAACAGACGUUGUGGAGUCUUGCUUUUGGAGGAAUGGUGCUGGUUGCUACAGGUGGCAACGUUAUCGUUAUAUGGAUCGUACUAGCCCAUAAGAGGAUGAGAACCGUCACUAAUUAUUUCUUGGUGAACCUCAGCUUGGCAGACACCAUGGUGUCCACCUUGAACGUUAUCUUCAGCUUCUCUUCCAUGCUCAAUGGUGACUGGCCUUUUGGCAGAGCUUACUGCAAGAUCUCCAACUUUAUCUCCAUCUUGUCAGUUGCUGCCAGUGUAUUCACGUUGAUGGCCAUCUCUAUUGACAGAUAUAUGGCCAUCAUGCAUCCAUUAAAACCCCGGAUGUCCCGUGUCACAACCCUCAACAUCACCCUGUGGAUAUGGCUUGCCAGCAGUAUCUUGUCUCUACCUAAUAUUCUCUACUCUACUACCAUUAAAGAAGAGUAUUCUAACGGAGAUUAUCGUGUCAUUUGUUACAUGAUCUGGCCAGAUGGACCCACCACGCAAAGUUACACUGAAUACAUUUACAACGUGGUUAUCCUGGUUUUGGCUUAUAUUUUGCCAAUUACGUCAAUGACAUUUACCUACUUCAGGGUUGGCCAGGAGCUCUGGGGUAGCGAGAGUAUAGGCGAAUGUACACCCACACAGAUGGAAGCCAUCAAAUCUAAGAGAAAGAUUGUGAAAAUGAUGAUCGUCGUAGUCUUCAUCUUUGCUGUGUGUUGGCUUCCUUACCACAUUUACUUUCUCCUGGCUCAUCAUCACAGAGAAAUCAUCAGCUAUAAGAACGUUCAGCACAUCUACCUUGGGAUCUACUGGCUCGCCAUGUCGAACUCCAUGUAUAACCCCAUCAUCUACUGUUGGAUGAACAGCAGGUUCCGACAAGGAUUUAAGAAAGUAUUCAUGCUCUGCUUUUGCCAACGACGUGAAAAUGGUAUAAAUCUUUACGAACAGCGCCACCAAACGUUCACGCGCUACAGCUGCUCAGAAGCAUAUACCGACACUCGAGUGACCUUCAACGGCAACAUCAAUGUUCCUCUGCAUACAGUCACAGAGACUUUCAACGGUAGUAGGAAGUCAAGUAGUCCUUUUCUUCUACCAAAAUACGGACACAGAGAACAGCGGCUUUCCAACGUUUAAACUGAGACAAAGGGGGAGGAGGAGCGGAGAAUUCCAAUGUCACGUAAUAACGAAGAGAAAACUUAGGCUCACCUGGAAUAGUUUUGCUUCACCUGUAACCUGACCUUUUGAACUAUAGUAGCAGAAUCUAAGAAAGUGGUUCGAUUCUUUCAGAAAUGUUUUGGAAGCCUGAUCAAAAGCAAGUUUCAUCUGGUUAGUGGUGGUAGUUUACAAGAAAUACCAUCAUAACACUUCGUGGAAGUAUUUUUCAAAUACUCUUAGUUCAAAGUUUUGUUUCCUUUUUUUCUUUAUACUUGUAUUGUUAUCGCUGUUA